ACAGUCUAACAACAGGGACCAAUAGAAAGAGAAGAAGAUCCAAGAAAGCUGAGGCAAACACAAUGAUCCUAAAAGUCUAUACAAGCCUUUUGCUUUUGUUCUUGGCCAAUUCUGUAUGGACUCGAACUGUGAGACAAGUUUAUGAUGAUCUGGAUCCUGAGCAUUGGUCUCACUACACUUCUGAGUGUCCACAAGAGUGCUUUUGUCCUCCUAGUUUCCCCAAUGCAUUGUACUGUGAUAACAAAGGACUUAAAGAAAUACCUGCAAUUCCAGCACGAAUUUGGUACCUCUAUCUUCAAAACAAUCUAAUUGAAACACUUUCAGAGAAGCCUUUUGUGAAUGCUACUCAUCUGAGAUGGAUAAAUCUGAACAAGAAUAAGAUCACAAACAAUGGAAUUGAGAGUGGUGUGCUGAGCAAGCUGAAAAGACUGCUUUACCUAUUCCUUGAAGAUAACGAAUUGGAAGAGGUGCCUGCUCCAUUACCAGUGAGCCUGGAACAGCUAAGACUAGCUAGAAACAAAAUCUCCAAAAUACCAGAAGGAGUCUUCAGCAACUUGGAAAACCUUACUAUGUUAGAUCUCCACCAGAACAGUUUGUUGGACAGCGCUCUUCAAAGUGACACCUUCCAAGGACUCAACAAUCUUAUGCAACUCAACAUAGCAAAAAAUUCACUCAAGAAAAUGCCUUUAAGCAUUCCAGCUAACACACUACAGCUGUUUUUGGACAACAACUCCAUUGAAGUUAUACCAGAAAACUACUUCAGUGCAAUACCCAAAGUCACUUUUCUUAGGCUGAACUACAAUAAAUUAUCUGAUGAUGGUAUCCCUCCAAAUGGGUUUAAUGUUUCUUCUAUUCUAGAUCUACAGCUGUCUCACAAUCAACUCACUAAAAUUCCACCAAUCAAUGCUCACCUUGAGCACCUUCAUCUUGAUCACAACAAAAUCAAAAGUGUCAAUGGUACUCAAAUGUGCCCAGUCUCAAUUGCCCUAGAAGAAGACUAUGGUUAUUACGGUAGCAUCCCUCGCCUCCGAUACCUUCGUCUGGAUGGAAACGAAAUUCAGCCUCCAAUCCCAUUGGACAUCAUGAUAUGUUUCCGACUACUUCAAGCUGUUGUCAUAUAAAGAUAUUGCA